AUGUCUCGCAGAAGUGUUCGACUGGAAAACGCCGGUUACUACGAUAGCGACGGCAGCCCCCGCACAUCGUACACCUCUGUGACCCGGCGUCACACCUGGCCUCAGGAGAAGGCGAGGCCUGCCCGUGUUUCACAACCAGCCCAGAGGAGGGCGCCAUUGUGGAGGGCGGAGCUAGUGCCCAGGACGGAGCCAGCGCCGAGGUCGGGCCGCUGGUUCAGCUGGAGCUGGAACAAGGUCCUGGCCUUUCUGGUUUCUCUCUUAGGGUUUGGUUUGACGAUCUACAGUGAGGCCAAAGUGUAUCGCCUGAGGACGGAGGUGCAGAGUCUGCAUCUGGAGCUCGCUCGCCUCCAGACCAGGAUGAGCCCUAAAGCCAUCUUCAAGGGGAACUUUGCGUUGGACGCUCAUGGGGCCCAGAUCCUCACUGCCCUCAGCUCCAAGACACAUCAACAGAAAGACCCGCCCCCAGGACUGAAGCAGUUCACUGCUAGAGACGUGAUCAAGGGCAGUAAUUACCCUCUGACCCCUGGGCACUGCUGGGCCGUCUCUGGACAGACUGGAGUCCUCUUUGUGGCCCUCUCUCAGAAGAUCCAUCUGUCACACGUCACUUUGGGACACAUCUCCAAAGGGCAAUCUGUGACAGGUGAGAUUCUGUCAGCCCCCAAGACCUUUUCCAUUUAUGGACGGGAGGAAUUGGACGGACCAGCUGUCAGACUUGGGACCUUCCAGUACCAGGCUGAUGGAGAGUCCUUCCAGACCUUCGAGAUCCCGGAGUACCCCAAGGUAGUGAGGUUUGUGGCACUGGAGGUCCAGAGCAACCAUGGACAUGAGGAGUACACCUGCCUGUACAACUUCAGGGUCCAUGGGAAAGUCCCGGAGGCUGCCAGCCCCACCAACGAGUAA